AUGGAUCAUUUUGGCUCCAUAAAUAUCAAAAGUCAGUACUUUGUGCAGCCACUAGCUGCUUUAAGCUUUAGUGCAUCACAUCCUCGUGGACUUGGAGAUUUCCCAGUCCUCGCUGUGAAAUAUUGCCCCUCUUUCAAUCUGUGGCCCAACCUGCUGCACAACAACCAGCACAAGCCAGCUACCAGUCUGUGGCCCAACCUGCUGCACAACAACCAGCACAAGCCAGCUACCAGUCUGUGGCCCAACCUGCUGCACCACAACCAGCGCAAGCCAGCUACCAGUCUGUGGCCCAGCCUAGUGUCCAACAACCAGCACAAGCCAGCUACCAGUCUGUGGCCCAACCUGCUGCAACAACCAGCACAAGCCAGCUACCAGUCUGUGGCCCAACCUGCUGCACCACAACCAGUGCGAGCCAGCUACCAGUCUGUGGCCCAACCUGCUGCCCAGCAACCAGCUCAAGCCAUCUACCAAUCAGUGUCCCAGCCCAGUGUCCAACUACCAGCACAAGCUAGCUAUCAGUCUCCAUCCCAGCCCAGUGGCCCACAGUCCGCACAAACCAGGUACCAGGCUGUGUCACGUCCCAGUGGUAUGCUGUCACCACAGGCCAGCUACCAAUCAGUAUCUCAGCCCAGUGUCCAACUACCUGCACAAGCUGGCUAUCAGUCUGUGUCCCAGUCCAGUGGACGACCAGGACAGGCUCGUUACCAGGCUCCACAACCCAGCAGCCUGCAGUCAGCACAGGCCAGCUACCAAUCUGUGUCCCAGCCCAGUAUCCAACUACCAGCACAAGCUAGCUAUCAGCCUCCCUUCCAGUCCAGUGGCUAUCAGUCAGUGCAAGCUCGUUACCAAUCGAGUGAACAACCAGAACAGGCUUGUUACCAGGCUGUCUCUCAACCCACCAGCCUGCAACCAACACAAGCCAUAUACCAAUCCAUGUCCCAGCCCAGUGGCCCACAGUCAGCACAAACUAGGUACCAGGCUGCGUCACGUCCCAGUGAUAUGCUGUCAGCACAGGCCAGCUACAUAUCUGUGUCUCAACCUAGUGGACAACCAGGACAGGCUCGUUACCAGGCUCCAUCACAGCCUAGCAGCCUGCAGUCAGCGCAAGCUGGUUACCAGUCUGCACCCCAGCCUAGUGGCCUGCAGUCAGCACACGCCAGCUACCAGUCUGCACCCCAGCCUAGUGGCCUGCAGUCAGCACAAGCUGGUUACCAGUCUGCACCCCAGCCUAGUGGCCUGCAGUCAGCACAAGCCAGCUACCAGUCUGCACCCCAGUCUAGUGGCCUGCAGUCAGCACAAUCAAGCUACCAACUGGCACAGGCUCGCUAUCAGUCUGUAGCCCAAGCUAGUGGCCUGCAGUCAGCACAAGCCAGCUACCAGUCUGCACCCCAGCCUAGUGGCCUGCAGUCAGCACAAGCCAGCUUCCAGUCUGCACCCCAGCCUAGUGGCCUGCAGUCAGCACAAGCCAGCUUCCAGUCUGCACCCCAGCCUAGUGGCCUGCAGUCAGCACAAACAAGCUUCCAGUCUGCACCCCAGUCUAGUCGCCUGCAGUCGGCACAAACAAGCUACCAAUCAGCACAAGCUCGCUAUCAGUCUGUAGCCCAAGCUAGUGGCCUGCAGUCAGCACAAGCCAGCUACCAGUCUGCACCCCAGCCUAGUGGCCUGCAGUCAGCACAAGCCAGCUACCAGUCUGCACCCCAGCCUAGUGGCCUGCAGUCAGCACAAGCCAGCUACCAGUCUGCACCCCAGUCUAGUGGCCUGCAGUCAGCACAAUCAAGCUACCAACUGGCACAGGCUCGCUAUCAGUCUGUAGCCCAAGCUAGUGGCCUGCAGUCAGCACAAGCCAGCUACCAGUCUGCACCCCAGCCUAGUGGCCUGCAGUCAGCACAAGCCAGCUUCCAGUCUGCACCCCAGCCUAGUGGCCUGCAGUCAGCACAAGCCAGCUUCCAGUCUGCACCCCAGCCUAGUGGCCUGCAGUCAGCACAAACAAGCUUCCAGUCUGCACCCCAGUCUAGUCGCCUGCAGUCGGCACAAACAAGCUACCAAUCAGCACAAGCUCGCUAUCAGUCUGUAGCCCAAGCUAGUGGCCUGCAGUCAGCACAAGCCAGCUACCAGUCUGCACCCCAGCCUAGUGGCCUGCAGUCAGCACAAGCCAGCUACCAGUCUGCACCCCAGCCUAGUGGCCUGCAGUCAGCACAAGCCAGCUACCAGUCUGCACCCCAGCCUAGUGGCCUGCAGUCAGCACAAGCCAGCUACCAGUCUGCACCCCAGUCUAGUGGCCUGCAGUCAGCACAAACAAGCUACCAGUCUGCACCCCAGUCUAGUGGCCUGCAGUCAGCACAAGCCAGCUACCAGUCUGCACCCCAGCCUAGUGGCCUGCAGUCAGCACAAGCCAGCUACCAGUCUGCACCCCAGCCUAGUGGCCUGCAUCCAAUCAGCCUGCAGUCGGCGCAAACAAGCUACCAAUCAGCACAGGCUCGCCUGCAUCAGUCUGUACCAGCCCAAGCUAGUGGCCUGCAGUCAGCACAAGCCAGCUACCAGUCUGCACCCCAGUCUAGUGGCCUGCAGUCAGCACAAACAAGCUACCAAUCAGCACAAGCCAGCUACCAGUCUGCACCCCAGUCUAGUGGCCUGCAGUCAGCACAAGCCAGCUACCAGUCUGCACCCCAGUCUAGUGGCCUGCAGUCAGCACAAACAAGCUACCAAUCAGCACAAGCCCGCUACCAGUCUGCACCCCAGCCCAGUGGCCUGCAGACAGCACAAGCCCGCUACCAGCCUGUAGCCCGACCUAGUGGCCUGCAGUCAGCACAAGCCAGCUACCAGUCUGCACCCCAGUCUAGUGGCCUGCAGUCAGCACAAGCCAGCUACCAGUCUGUGCCCCAGCCCAGUGGCCUGCAGUUAGCACAAACAAGCUACCAAUCCGCACAAGCCAGCUACCAGUCUGCGCCCCAGCCCAGUGGCCUGCAGUCAGCACAAGCCCGCUACCAGUCUGUAGCCCGACCUAGUGGCCUGCAGUCAGCACAAGCCAGCUACCAGUCUGCACCCCAGUCUAGUGGCCUGCAGUCAGCACAAACAAGCUUCCAGUCUGCACCCCAGUCUAGUCGCCUGCAGUCGGCGCAAACAAGCUACCAAUCGGCACAGGCUCGUUAUCAGUCUGUAGCCCAACCCGGUGGCCUGCAGUCAGCACAAACAAGAUACCAAUCGACACGGGCUCGCUAUCAGUCUGUAGCCCAACCUAGUGGCCUGCAGUCAGCACAAGCCAGCUUCCAGUCUGUUCCCCAGCCCAGUGGCCAAUCUGUGUCUCUUUGGCCUGGAUCCCAGCUCUCUUCUAUGCCAGACCAGUCAAGUUAUGAGGCUCUUUCCAGUUUUGGUUCCCAACCUCUGGAGCAACCCAGUAAUGUACAACUUGCUUCAAGCUAUAAGUCUGUGUUGCAGUCUGCUCAGCCUGGCCUUCAGGAUGCAGCACCAUUGCUUUCUCAGACUACUCAAAGCAAGCGCUUAUCACCAGGCGUGUUGAGGCUGUUGUAGCAAGUGAAGUCGUAGUUGCAUAGUUGAUUUAACUUGUUUACUUAUUGUUUUCUUAUUGGGUGUUUUUUUUUUUUUUUUUUUUUUUUUUUUUUUUUUUUAAAUAAAUGUUACUAUUUGAACGUACUUGUGGUCUCUGCUUGUUUGG